CCAUCCACGAGCGCGAUGGGACGCGAGGCGGCGGCGUGCUCCUCCAAGCCCAAGCUGCGGAGGGGGCUGUGGUCGCCGGAGGAGGACGAGAAACUCUACAACCACAUCAUCCGCUACGGCGUCGGCUGCUGGAGCUCCGUCCCAAAGCUCGCCGGUUUGGAGAGAUGUGGCAAGAGCUGCAGGCUCAGAUGGAUCAACUACCUGAGGCCUGAUCUCAAGAGAGGCAGCUUCUCCCAGCAGGAGGAGGACCUCAUUGUCAGCCUUCACAAGAUCCUUGGCAACAGGUGGUCCCAGAUAGCGUCGCAGCUGCCAGGCCGGACAGACAACGAGAUCAAGAACUUUUGGAACUCGUGCAUCAAGAAGAAGCUCCGGCAGCGGGGCAUCGACCCCACCACCCACAAGCCGCUCAACGACGCCGAGCCGCACGACGAGUGCAAGCAGCAGCUGCUGGGUGCGGAGGACGAACACUGCUUUGGAGGCGCCGCUGGCAGCGACAUCGACCCCCUGGCGCCGCCGCACUCCCCUGUCGACUGCAGCUUCGACCCCAUGUCCGUGACCAACGUCCCGGCAAUGCAGGCUUCCUACGGCUCCUUCUGCGACUACGGCGGCGUCUCCUCCGACGCCGCCACGUACAGCGCCUACACCGGUGGCGGCGACAGCUCCAGCAACAGCAACGGCACCUGGGGGACCUGCGCCAAUGUGGUGGAGCCGCUCGCGCACAUGGACAUCUUCCGCGACGCCGAGCCGUACCCGUUCCUCGACCCGGCCAAGUUCAGCCCCUGGCACCAGCACCAGGAUCCCCACCAGCAGCACGGUGCCGGCGGCGCCUCCUCCGAGAGCUUCCCGAUCCGGUCGCUGUCCCGAGACCUGCCGGAGUCGUGCUUCGAGCUCGCCCGCGGCGCCCUGGAGGACGAGUUCGACUUCCUCUAGCUCACUAGGGGAUGAUCCAGCUUCAUGCACGUCUCCAUCGAUAUUCGACAGCCACACACACAUCUGGAGAUACAAACUUCACUCCACCUGAUCAAUAGAUCGGUC